ACAUGUGUGUGAGACAAGACUGUCAAUUGAGGACCCUCUUCACGGCGUUGGUGCUCGCCGCCGCCGUGGCCGACAUCUAUGGACAAGAGCUGGCUGCAUGGACCCGAUGCCACAGCCUCUGAUGAGCUAUACCUGUACCAACAGGAGAGCCAGAGCCAGCAGGGCCAGGAGGGCAAGGCCUAUUCAAAGGGCAGGGCACAAAGACAUGUGACCCCCUUGAGCCCUCACUCACACUGCUAGUGCACUCAAUCACCCACUUCCCUCCUGCUCUCUUUGUCAAAGUGACGUACGGUGCAGAUCUUCCUCUUCUGUAGCACCACUGCAACCUGCACUUGUUCCGUUGUAUGUCUGUGGCUGGCCUGCACUGUGAGGAUGUGGCAGUACAGUUAUACUCCAAAGUGCCAAAGGAAAACAACGGCAUCAGUAAGAGGACACUGGACCCAGACAGGGGCUUGUCAACACAGGAUACGGAGAGCGAAGUCCACCCCGUCACAACCGUCUCACCAAUGAACAUCCCCAACCACCGGCCUGUUCUCAAGGGCCUGCUGCUUCAUGAGCACCUACUUACAAGGGAUUUCCAGGAGGACCAACACUUUUUUAAGAGGGAUGGCUCUAUGGCUGCGUAUUCCUCCAUGCCAGGCUCUCUCGCUGCCUCAAAUGCAGAGGACCCUGUCACCCAGCUGGUGCCCCACAAGGAUGCCCCAGCAUUUUCAGACAUUGCCACCACUGCCACUGUGGCGGCCACCUCCCCACUGACCACAUUUUCUCCCACAACACCAAGGCCAACAAUGUCUGUCCCUCAAAAGAAGUCCUCAAAGGCAAAGGGGGCGGACAAGGUAGAGCCAAGAACAGACCCCUUCACCACUCAAGUGACACCAAAUAAUAGAGACUCAGUGGCGUCCUUAUCAUCGCAGAGGAUUCAGCCUCAAAUUUGGAGUGCGCCUCCCGUAGAAGCGACCCCGGCACCCUCAUCAAUGCCAAUGGAGGAAGGAGGAGCUAGUGAAGCCAUGAUGAAAAAGAAAACAAGCCCCGAUCAUCCACUCCCCAACCUAACUUCCCGUGAGGAAGGUGCCACUACGACGUCCAAAACCGUAAUCACCACCAUCACCACCGUGCAGACAGCAGAGCCAUGCAGCCUGAAUUUCACUGACCCCGAGGGCAACAUCGAAAUCCUGCAGCAGCUUGACUCUGGAGCGGAGUGUAACUACCUGGUUACGGUCUACCUGGGAUAUGGCAUCGAGGUUCAGGUGCUAAAUGUGAGUUCGCUGGAGGGAGAGCAGGUAUCAGUGGAGGACACAGGUGGCCGGGAACCCUUCAUCCUUGCCAAUGAGUCAGUCUUGUUGAGGGGCCUCGUACUACGCAGCUGGAGCAAUCAGAUCUCCAUUCGAUUUCGUAGUGACCGACAGCACAACUUUGGAUUUCUCCUGCUGCAUUACCAAGCGUUUGUGCUGAGCUGUGCUUUCCCCAAAGAGCCGGCCGCUGGAGAGGUUUCCGUGACGCACCUGCACCCAGGCGGAGAAGCCUACUUUCGCUGUUUCACCGGCUACAAGCUGCAAGGCCUCAAAAUGCUCACCUGUCGCAAUGCAACCACGCCUUACUGGAGUGGGAAGGAGCCCCGAUGUGUGGCAUCCUGUGGGGGGAUGAUAAAAAAUGCCACCUUUGGUCGUAUUAUCUCUCCCGGUUUCCCUGGCAACUACAGCAACAAUCUGACGUGCCACUGGGUCCUGGAGGCCCCUGAAGGCCACCGGCUCCACGUUCACUUUGAGAAGGUGGCUCUGGCGGAGGAUGAUGACAGGCUGCUGAUUAAGAAUGGCAACAACAUAGACUCUCCUCCUGUGUACGACUCCUAUGAGGUCGAGUACCUGCCCAAUGAGGGUGUGCUCAGUACUGGACGUUACCUGUUUAUAGAGUUCACCACGGAUGGGACCGUCACCUCCACCGGUGCAGCGAUCAGAUACGAAGCUUUUGCGAAAGGUGUGUGCUACGAGCCCUUUGUCAAGAACGGCAACUUCAGCGGCAGCGACUCCAGCUACGGCGUGGGUGCAGUGGUUGAGUUCUCGUGUGACCCCGGCUACACGCUGGAGCAAGGCUCCGUCGUGAUCGAGUGCGUGGAUGCACAAAACCCACAGUGGAAUGAGACCGAGCCGGCUUGUAGGGCUGUGUGCAGCGGGGAGAUCACAGACUCGGCCGGUGUGGUGCUGUCUCCUAAUUGGCCUGAGGCCUACGACAAAGGGCAGGACUGCAUCUGGGGUAUCCAUGUGGAAGAGGACAAGAGGAUCAUGCUUGACAUCCAAGUUCUCCACAAUGGAAAGAAUGAUGUGCUGACCUUCUACGAUGGUGAUGACCUGACGGCUAACAUCUUAGGCCAAUACAGUGGCACACGGCCCCACUUCAAGCUCUACACCUCCAUGGCUGAUGUCACUAUUCAAUUCCAGUCCGAUCCUGCCACCAAUAUCUAUGGAUACAACAACGGCUUUGUUGUCCACUUCUUUGAGGUGGCGAGGAACGACACCUGCUCUGAGCUGCCAGAGAUCACUAACGGCUGGAAGAGCACAUCCCACCCCGACCUCAUCCACGGCACCGUCAUCACCUACCAGUGCUACCCUAGUUUUGAGCUGCUGGGCUCUGAGAUCCUCAUGUGCCAGUGGGAUCUCACUUGGAGCGGGGAUGUGCCGAAAUGUCAGGAAGUUCUGACAUGCCAGGACCCAGGAAAUGUGGAGCACAGCCGCAAGGUGAUCGCAGGCAACCGUUUCAUCGUUGGAGCGACAGUGCAGUUUUUCUGUAAUAAAGGCUACAUCCUGUCUGGCAGCAGCCUCCUCACCUGCUACAACCGAGAUUCAGCAACACCCAAGUGGACCGAGAGGCUGCCCAAGUGUGCCCCUGAAAAGUACGAGCCGUGCAGAAACCCUGGCGCCGCUUCCACCAGUGUGCAGAACUCUGAGAAGGCCUUUUACCAAGCCGGAGAGAGGCUCAGCUUCACCUGCCACUCAGGCUACGAGCUGCACGGUGACGCCACCAUCUCCUGCAUCCCCGGACACCCGUCGCAGUGGAAUAGCACUCCACCUGCCUGCAGAGCAUCCUCAACCCAAUAUAUGAACGAACGCAGGCUAGAUGGUGUAAAUAUGGAUUAUAGCAUGGAGGGAACCAAUAUUGCCCUUGCCGUUUUUAUUCCGACCGUAAUCAUCUUGGUGCUUGUUCUCGGGAUUUAUGUCUACUUUGCAAAACUCCAAGGCAAGACCAUCAGAAUGCCAACAUCCUCACCACCGUAUGACAACAUGACGGAAGAAUCGGCUUUUGACAACCCCAUAUACGAGAGCGGAGUAAGUACAGAUGUCCUGUGCAUGCGAUACGUGGAUUCGCAGAACACCAGUGUUCUGUCCUGAUCCUGUCCCAUCCGGCUGUCAUCCUGUCGUCAUCCCAUGGUUCACCAGCAGAGAGCGCCCUCUGCCUCAUCCUUCAACAACAUGUCAAUCAUCGCCAAGAGCAAGCCACACGGUUCAUGAUGUUUCUGCUAAAAAUAGAAAGCAAGGACAUUUUUCCUCUCCUCACCCUGUGAUCAUUUUUCAUCUUGGAUUUCCAUACUUCAUUAACUUUCGAGGUGCAGUAAAUCAUUCACAUUGUGGUACGUCAUCUCCUACUCCUGUCGGAUAAAUGUAUUAUGUUGUACAGAGCAUUUCACACCAGGUGUGCAAAUGCACGUUUGCUAGUGCACAAAUGAUACUGUGAAUAUAUUUUUAAAAUAAAACAGGAUUGCAGUAUGCCACAUGUUUUUAUGUGAAUAGUGAAUAUAUGGAUGUCAGAUGUCUCCUUGUGUACCAUGUACUGAUCUCAAGUGCAUCCUCUCCUCUUUCUUUCCCCUUCCUGCUCCCUCAGCACUGGCAGUCUCAUUCUAGAUACUAACUGUCAGUCUGUACUGCUGACAAACUAUGAGGUGAGAUCUCCUCCUGGUCCCGAGAGCACAUCUCACUCACUGUCACAUGACCCUUUUUGUUUUGACUCCACCUCCCCAACCUGCCACACAGUCUGAUCUGCUGGUUGGUCGUUAUGCUCUUCCUUUAAUUAUUAAUUAUUUAAACUGGCUGUCGAAAAACAGACCAUGCUAGGUAUACAGAAACACUGGUUGGUGACAAUUUAAAACUCAUUGACACAGACACAUGACUUCUUGACAUGCAAUCAUGUUUUUAAAAAAAUAAAAAGAUUGCUUGAAGAUUUGCGAUUUUUCUUACAUGAUUGAAAACUCUGGACAUUUAAAAAAAUGUUUUUGAGAGUCCAACUUUUAGCUUUCUAACUUGUUUUUCAGUUCAACCCGCCCGUCUUCCGCCUUCCAUCUGUCAUUCUAACAUUUCCGUGAGGAUAAUGUUGUGCUGUCCUGCUUCAUUAACUACUGUGUGAUUGUGACAUCUAUGCCACGUGCAUACUGCUCAUAUUUAGUUUUGUGUCUUUGAAAUAUAGCAGCAGUAUUUAAUGUGUUGGUAUUGUUUUGUUCUUUGCUUAUUUCUUAAAUGAUUAAAGUUGCCACCAGAUAAUAAUUGGGAAACAUAAUGUUGUGCGUCUUGUUAGCCUUUCAUUUGGUACGUAUUGAUAAUGUCUAUGGAAAUUAGUAUUUGUCCACUGUAAACAUAUUAAACAAUAUCUCUUCUAAUAA